AUGGGAACCCCUUUCUUAAACCAGAUGAAGAAGCAAGCAUGUUCUUUCCUUCAAGACAAGUACAAAACUGCAAGGCUGGCUCUAACCGACGUUACCCCGAUAGAAUUGCUGACUGAGGAAGCAACAAACAGCGACCCAUGGGGUCCUGAUGCUAAAACCAUGACUCAAAUCGCCGUUGCUUCGUUUGGUGUCGAUGCUUAUUGGAGAAUCAUCGACAUUCUUCACAAAAGGCUGGAUACGGUAGAUUGGAAGCAAUGGAGGCAAUCCUACAAGACGUUGGUCCUUCUCGAGUUCCUAAUGACCCAUGGUCCUGAGGAACUCGCCGAAGAAUUCCAUAACGACAUCGACAUCAUUGAAGACCUUGGCACAUUCCAAUUCAUUGACGACAAAGGGUUCGACUGGGGAGCCAAAAUGCACAAGAGAUCCGCCAGCAUCCUCGCCCUGCUCCGUGGCGGCGGGACCGCCCUGAGAGAAGCACGCCUCAAAGCCCUCAAGAUCUCCAAGGAAAUCCAAGGCUUCGGCAGCUCCACUCCUUCUUCCGCCGCCGCCUCUCCGACGUCUUCCGCGGCCACGCCGUCCUCCGCGGUCUCCACCGCCUCCUUCACCACCGCGGGCUCCACCUUCGAGGACAUCUGCCGCCUCGAGAACCUCGCCCUCACCACCAACGAUCUAGACGACGACGCCGCAGCGGUCGAAUUACCCGAUGACAACAUUAACAAUAAAAACAUCAACAAUGAAAGUCGUGAAGAUACUCAUAAUGGCAAUGAUCAUCCGGUGAUCAAGAAGACUCUGCGAUUGCGGAGCCACCGCUGGGAUUGCUGCGGCGACACAGUUCAGGAAAAGGGCUCCCUUUUGGACGUCGGUGGUGAUCACGACGAUCGGAAGCCGUCCGAUCAGCAAGGGCUUGUUGGCGGAUUUUGCGACAAGAUGAUGAUGAUGACCACUUCUCCCAAGAAGAACAAGCAGUACUGCGGCGAGAAGAAGAAUAAUGGUAAUUACCAUAAUAACGGCAACGGGUUCAGGAGCUUUUCGGAUGUAGGCAAGUUAUUGAAGAGAAGAUACCAACGCCAAUUCUCUAUGGGGUAUUGA